GGAAGCAGCGUCCGGUCUGAGGCUGGGCCCGGCUCAGGCGGGCUCGGCUGGACUCGGCUCGGCUGGACUCGGCUCGGCUGGACUCGGACUCGGCCCAGCUCGGCCCGGCCCAGCUCGGUUCGGGCGGGCCCGCGGCGCCACCAUGGUGUAAGGGGCGGCGGGCGGGGGCGAAGGGGCCGAGCCGGAGCCAUGAACCUGCUCCCGGCCAACCCGCACGGCAACGGGCUGCUGUACGCCGGCUUCAACCAGGACCACGGAUGCUUUGCAUGUGGAAUGGAAAAUGGAUUCCGAGUUUAUAAUGCAGAUCCUCUCAAAGAAAAAGAGAAACAAGAGUUUGUAGAAGGUGGCGUUGGCCAUGUGGAAAUGUUGUUUCGUUGCAACUAUUUAGCACUGGUGGGUGGAGGAAAGAAGCCGAAGUACCCACCCAACAAAGUCAUGAUCUGGGAUGACCUGAAGAAGAAGACUGUCAUUGAGAUUGAGUUUUCUACAGAAGUCAAAGCAGUGAAGCUGCGAAGGGACAGAAUUGUGGUCGUCUUGGACUCGAUGAUUAAAGUUUUCACGUUCACACACAAUCCCCACCAGCUGCACGUCUUUGAAACCUGCUACAACCCUAAAGGUCUCUGUGUCCUUUGUCCAAAUAGUAAUAAUUCUCUUCUUGCAUUUCCUGGGACACACACUGGGCACGUGCAGAUCGUGGAUUUGGCCAACACGGAGAAGCCUCCCGUGGACAUCCCAGCCCACGAAGGAGUCUUGAGCUGUAUUGCUUUAAACCUGCAGGGAACAAGAAUUGCAACAGCAUCAGAAAAAGGGACCCUUAUAAGGAUAUUUGAUACUUCAUCAGGGCAUUUAAUCCAGGAGCUACGUCGAGGAUCACAGGCAGCCAACAUAUACUGUAUUAACUUCAAUCAGGAUGCUUCCCUCAUCUGCGUCUCCAGUGACCACGGCACAGUCCACAUCUUUGCUGCAGAAGACCCUAAAAGAAAUAAGCAGUCAAGUUUGGCCUCUGCCACCUUUCUCCCCAAAUACUUCAGUUCCAAAUGGAGUUUUUCCAAAUUCCAGGUUCCCUCAGGCUCUCCGUGCAUUUGUGCCUUUGGAACAGAGCCAAAUGCUGUCAUAGCAAUAUGUGCAGAUGGCAGCUACUACAAGUUCUUAUUCAACCAAAAAGGGGAAUGCUCAAGGGAUGUGUACGCUCAGUUCCUAGAAAUGACAGAUGAGAAGCUUUGACUGGGUGGAGGGGAGUGCACGAGUCACAGCCCUGCCUCGGCCACUCCACACCUCUGAGGGACAGUUCCAAAUGUCCAGUUCUGAUUCAGAAGUUCAGCAGAGCUCACGGAGAAGCCUGGCCCAACAUGAUCACAAGCAGCUCUGAAGUAGUGGACUACAUAUGUUUGUUCUCAUUUCUGCAAGUAUUCAUCAUUAAAAUCUCUUUGGGUUACUGUCACCAACUCAAGUUUUCAAGAUGUGGCUUUUGACAAGCUUGUGCCUACUGGGUUUCUCUUACUCCAGACUGUGACAUGACUUUGGCUCCAAGGCCGUGCCUGCCACCCGGGCAGCUCUGUGGGGCUGCCCACCCCCGGGGCUGACCUGAGGAGAAGGGAUGUGAAACCAGAAGAUUUCAGGCAUUGCUUUACUUCCACUGCAUGGCUGGGAGGGGGGAACGCUCUGGGUGAUGCUCCCUCUGCCAGCCUGGCCAGGAGCAGAGAGGUGACAGGGGACACUUGCAGCUCCAGCUCUGCUGGUCCCCUGCCCUGUGCAGGGGGCUGGGUGGGGGCAGUGGUGGGGCCCUGCCUGUGCAGGGCAGGGAUCAGCACGAACUGCCCAAGGUGCCAAACUCCAGAGCAGUGGAGGCACCUCUAGGCAGCCAACCCAACCCCCCUGGGUGUGCACAGCAAACACCCAGGGCCCCUGUAGCUGUAGAGGUGAGUCCUCCUGUUCCCAGUCAGCUGUUCCAGGUGUAAAUCCCUCUGGGUACUGGUGUGCCAGCUGUGCUGCCAAACUGCUGCCAGAGCCUGCAGCUGGGACAGGCCCAGGUCUGGCACAGGACUGAAGGAGCUGCCAGGAAUCCACGUCUGCAACGGCUUCACACUUGCAAACUUUGUCUUUCUUUCUUUGAGCUGUCGCAUCCUAAAGCUGCUGGCCCAGGACAGGUAGGUUAGACUGAACCCACUCACCUGUACACUCCCCUAUUUCCUGCUGACCUAAGGCACAAGCUCCUAACCCAGAACACAAGAUUAGCUCCAAGCUUGGCCUCUCUGGCACUAAACCUUGGGGCAGGGAGGUCCAGCUCUUCUGGACUCUUAAUUUCACAGAUGCUUCAGCCCUGACCCGCCAGUUCACUCCCAGAUUGUUUAGCUGCAAACUCUGACAAGUCCCUUUUAGUGUCACGUAACCUACUAAGGACUAACUUACCAUGUUGAUGUCAAGGUUGCAUGUUGCUUUUAUGUGUAUUUAACCACAGGAAUUGUUUUGCACACUUAUUUGUAAUAUGUUAUUUCUUUUAAAUAAAAGUGACUAACUUUGCUGUA